AUGAUGAUGUCCUACGUGCAUUCGCUAGUUGCUCUACUUGUCAUAAUCAGGUUUUCCUCACAAGAAGUUAUGGAGGACAGCAGCUUUUCCAGAUUCCGAAGGAACUUCUUUAUGUCAUCCGGACCAUCACGUGCUCGUGUUAUGGCGAUGGAAAGACUGGUAAACAAUAUGUUUCCGAGGAAAACUCGCGACGCGCCAGAUUCCGUUGGCGGCGUCCCAUCAUUUGAAAGUCCCGCUGAAAAUGUUCUCGAGUCGAAUCAGCCCUGUAUCUGCCCCGUGUUCUCUCCAUGUAUUGGUAAAUGCCAGCGAAGUUUCAGAUACUGA